UUUCCGCAACAACACGACCCAACCCACCUCAUAGACGUUGGCACCAUCUAGCCCACUGUUCUUGGAAAGCCUUCAAUCAGCCAGCAUCAUGUCCAGCCCUAACGUUAAAAUCUACUAUUUCGACAUGAUGGGACGUGCCGAAAUGAUUAGAAUGCUGUUUGCUGUUGCAGGAAAACAAAUAGAGAACAUCAGAUUUUCGUUUGAAGACUGGCCAAAGUCUUUUAAAGAAAAGGCUCCCUUUGGCACAACACCAUGGGUGGAAAUAGACGGAGAGGUACAUGCACAGUCCAUGGCCAUUGCUAUAUAUUUUGCCCGUGAAUUUGGUUUCUACGGGAAGACUAACAGAGACGGCCUAUUGAUAGACCAGGUUCUAAACCUCAUCCAUGACUUCAUAGAAGUAUCGAUAGUGGUGUAUAAAGAGCCAGAUAAAGAGAAAAGGGCCCAGUGUCUUAAAGACUGUCAGGAUAAAUCCACACGUCUGUACUUUGGAGGAUUCGAACAGAUUCUGAAAAAGACUGGAACAGGUUACGUUGCUGGAAAUCAGAUCAGUCUGGCUGACAUCGCUAUCUUUGACGUUGUCACUGGUUGGAUGAAACCCUUUCUGGGACCAAUUGACGAAUUCCCAUUGUGCAAAGCCUUGUUGGAAAAGGUAGCAGCGAAUGAGAAAAUCAAGGGGUAUAUGGCAACCCGACCCUACAGCAGCAAAAAGGAAUGGGGCGAUCAGCUACUCGUGUAGAGGGCGCUGGGAGCUAGGGGAUCAACUGACCGCCACAUGAGGCGGUGACACCCUGCCACGACCAACCAUAGACGUGUGAAAACCAAACAAAACGUUUUGUUCACAUAUUGACCAUUUGGUACUCAUCGUGACUUCUAUGCUGCUUCGUUCACUUCUGUUCUAGAUCUAGGACAUAUUUCUCAGUAAUAUUGCACGCCGUUAGUUUGAUUGACCUUUUCGAGAAAGAUCCCUGAAGCAAACAAGGAAAGGGAAAGUGGUGGGAAUUUGACCUUUUCAACUAAUUUUGCCAAUGCUUUGUUGUCCUUUUUUUUAAAUACUGAAAUUGUAUUAUUAGCAAAUCCGUAGUGCUUUGAAUGUGUUUAACGUAAAAAGGUCAAUUAUAAAUAAACAGCCUAUCACU